AGUUUGAAAUGAGAACCGAUCCUGCUUCCCGUUAACACGACUGAAACCCAUAACAACCCCCAAACUUAACCCACUUUCCCAGGGUUUGCGAGGCUCUGUCGUAGCUUGUCGGUGGAUUUAGGGCUCCGGCUGCCUCUUGUCGACAGCUGUUUGAUGGGAACCCAGGAGGGAGAGAGAGGUAAGAGUCAGCCCAGCCUCGGGGUUCUCUGUCCGGGGGAAAGCUAACAACACGUAGCCCUCAUUUCAGCUUAUAGUAGCGGGGAGUUGCCGGUUGAAACUGCUCUCUUGUUGUCACAGAAUCAGUCGAGUCCUAGAAGGGGAACCAAACUGAGUAGACAGGAUUAAAGUCAGGGAUAGGACUCAGAGUUUUAACGCGUUUUGUUCCUAUUAGCGAACAGAUCGAGUUAGCAUAGUUAGCUAGCUACUUCUGAGUGAAGUUGUGAUUAAACUCAUUAGUUGGUGGAUGGAGUUGGUCACUCCAAAGAGUAGUUGGUGAUUAUUAAUUACAACAAACUUUGUGACUUCGUACACCGUUAACAGCCACUGCGUCUGAGCAAGAACACUGAUCACCUGUCUGUCUUUGAACAAUAGUUGAACAUUUAGGUUGUAUCAGAUUGCCCAUGAGUAGGGGAGAGUGGGGUAAGUUGAGCCAAAGGGUAAGUUGAGCCACCCCAUGUUGCUUGGAAAUGGUAAAAAAAAAAUUGAUCAUGUGACCAAAUAUUUAGGAGAUGGACAUCAGUUCAUGGAGUCUGUGAAGGUUAGAAGCACAUGGGUGAAGGGGUUAGACAUUUAUUUACAAAACAAAUAAAACAUUUUUUACUCUUGAAAGUGAAUUUAGUCUGUCCUAAGUUUUAUAAGAAUUGUUUUCAGACCAAAAAAGAUCAUAUUAGAUUAGUUUUAUACAUCAAUUGUGGUAUCUAUGAGCUACAACAUGAGGUCAAAAAGGGGUAGUAGGGAUACGGCUCUGGCCCACAAGAUCAUCUCAUAUUUGUAUUAUUAUUGGCCCACCAUGAAGUCUGCAGAUUUCCUCCAGUAUAAUAAUGUAAACUUUAGCACCAUUAUUUAAAAUCUCCUUAAUAAGACACAAAAAUCUGGGAAAUUAGAUUUGAUAAAUAGUCAAGAAUGUGGGGGAAAAAUAUUUGGUGUUUUAUUUCAAGUUUUCAAUUUUGCAUUUCAAGAUUACAAGUCAAACAUGACUGGAUUUUUUAUUUAAUGCUUUGAUUUUGUUCAACCUAGUAUUUAGACUUGUUUCAUUUUUAUACUUUAGAUUCCAAUUUUAAGUUUUUAGUAAUAUUUUGAGCUUUUAGACCUGAUUUCAAUGUUCUUCUCAUGUAUUUGCUCUUUAAAUGCAUUAUUUUUAUAUUUUUAAUAUCAUGAUCUGAUCUUUUGAACUAAUAAAUGAAAAUAGAAUAAAAAAAGUUUCUAUCUCAGAUUGCCUUUAAACUUAUCUUUUUUGAAUUUCCAAAUGAUUUAUAAUCAUUACUAUUUUUUUUACAUAUUUUUUGAAAAGUAGGGUUGACAUUUUGGUGAAAUGUUGACCCUGUUUGGCCCUCAGGUUAGACAUAAAUCCAGAUUAUGGCCCUUGCUGUGGUUGAGUUUUACACCUCUGUUCUAUAUUAUCAAGACAGUUAUGUUUACAGUCAUUCUGUUGGUUUGCAGGGAUGCACAACAUCUUGAAAUAUAUUCAGAUACACGAGUUAGAGACAAAACUAUGAUUGCCUUGAUGUAGUGAUCCGAAAUAUGAAAUAUGGCUCAUCUUACCCCACUCUCUCCUAUAUCUGUUUGGUUUAUGUUUUCAUGACCAAAAAAAACGUUUAUGUAUUAUGAGUAAUUGUCCUUUUUGAUACCCUGAAUGUCUGAUACUCUGACUCAUUGCCCUUUUUCACAGAUUGGGUUGAUGUGGCGAAGGAUUUACUCAGCAAGUGUCACAUAAACCUGCGGAUAAAGAAACUCUCUGACUGUGAUGCCAGUGUUUUCAUUGCUCUCUAUGAGAGCAUCUUGGGGGAGAAAGUUCCAGGUAAGAGCAUGCUGCCACCAAAUGUAGGCAAUGUGGUUUGAUUCGUCAAUUAAAGAACAGAAAUGAACAGAGAAUUAAUUUCAUAAACACUGGUUCUGCUAAAAACCCUCCUAUUAAUUGUGAUUAUUUGCUGCUUUCUUCAUCUCCACCUUAAUCUCUUAAGUGUUAGUCUGAUCGGUAAAACAAACAGCAUUUUACUGUUUUAAUUUCCUCAAGGAGAACUUUCCCAAAAGGAUCAAUAAAUUAAAUCUAAUCCAAUUAUGUAUAUAUUAUUAAAGAAUGCAGUUGGCAUUAAACAGCCACAAAAAAAGUUAAAAGCCGAUUUAAAUUUUCCUCAAGAGGAUAAAAACCCUGUUCAUCAGCUUUAGAUUAGAGUUUUUAAUAUGAUCUCCUGAGUGAGUGUGCUUAAACUAUCAAGAAUGUUUCCUGAAACCAUCAAGCAUGCUAUUAUAAGACUUACACAAGCUUAGGCUAAAGCUUAACAUGUGUUUCAAGAAGUGUGUAAGCAUGUUUUGAAAUUCUUUGUAUAGUUUUGUACUUUCAAUCGUUUCUAAAGUGUCACUCUGUUGUAUUAUUUUGUGCUUUUUAGAUUACAUUGCAGCGCCUUGCACUCAAGAAGAUGAUGUCCAUAAUGUUCAGUCAGUGGUGGAUUCACUUUCCUUGGAUUACCUUCAGAUAAGUCUCUCGCACAUUACAGGUAAAUAGAUCAUUUUGCUUUGAACAACAACAAAUGUGUUUUUAGCACAAGAGUCAGCAACUUUGAUAUCUUUCUACACACAGUACAUUUGUAAUUUUAGCUUGGAUAAACUUGUACGGAAGAAGACUAGGGGCGCUGGGAAAAAUAGGUCAAAUAUUCUUUUAAAAUUAUUUUUAUUCCGUAAAAAAUUCAGUAUUCUGAUUUAAUUUUAGAAUAAAAAUAAAAAUAUAUUUUGGCCCUUUUUCCCCAGUCGUCCUAAUCCUCCUCCAUAAACUUGAGAUGGUGAAACAUUUUUACACUCUGGUUUAUUUUCGGUGGCAUGACUGGAAAAAAAAAUCUCAUUUCCCUUAGGGAGUGUACUGCAACAGGAGGACAACUCAAUGCCUCCUUUUCUUCAGUAAGGAAACUGAUAAGAACUUGGUAUGAUGCUGAGAAUGGGUUUUUGUUUGCAGGAGAAAAUAUUGUCCGAGGGGACAGAGAGUCUGUCAAGAACCUCCUGGAAAUCUUUGACGGUCUCUUGGAAUACCUCAAGGAGGAGAUCAGCGAGGAGUCCCAAAACGGUGGUAAGCAGAAAAUGAGAACUGAGAGGAUGCACUGAUGAUAUUUCGAUCUUCAAUAAGUAAAACUUUGAGGGAAAGUUUCUGCUUUAGUUCCUCAGAAAGUCUUUUAACACAAAUGUGUAUCUGAUGGCAGUAUGGUUGUUUGUUUCUAAUGAACACACAUUUUGAGAAGGUAGUUCAGGACUGAUACGAUACGAUAUCCAUCAUCGUUAAAAAGCUCUGCAGGAGACUUACAGGAACCCCGUCUUCAUAACAGCCUUAAGUGUCUGUUUCUCAGUCUCUCUUGAGGUGAGACUCCGGCAUGAAUUGGGCGUGAAGUGUGUCCAAUCCAGUUAAAUUCCAUCUGGUUGCAGGACUGAAGGGAAACAGUUAGUCCAUUCAUAAGGCAGAACUGAGCUUGCUUUUGUGUCUGUAGAAUCACUAUUCAGACUUUGCUAAAUAUCUAUUAGUAGUUGUUAAUUGUGACUAAGCUCAAAAAAUAUGAAAGGUUUAACAAACACCGUAAAUGUGCUGCACCGUAAUUCAAAACUUGAGUUGUCCUGACAGAGUUGUGUUAAGUAUCUAACUAUGACAACAUGUGCUGUCUGCUUUCAGUGUUUGUAAGAGCUCUCUGUUUUAUUUGUUUUGUUUACCUUUGCGCCACAAGUACAAAUACACCAUCAAACCGAGCUUCAGUGUAUAAUUGUGUAUCAGAACUUCGCUAACCUUCAGUCUUUGUUCCCUUUUUUAAUUCCUCUGCAGUCAUCACAUGUCGUGAUUGGAUGUAUUCCUUCCUCUUUGUUGCUUGUUCUGUUUUUUUUUUCAGAGACUUUCUUUGUAUUUUGUCUUUCCUUAAAGGUCAUUUGCACCAUUUUUGUUUUUACAGAAGAACUCAACGACAGUCUUAAUGAGGAUGUCCUUAAUGAAACAAAGGAACCAACAGGCGGUGAUGCCGCUGAGCACAAAGAGGCUGAACCAGAGAGAGCGUCCCCUUCCUGCAGUGAAGAGUAAGAGCUCUUUUCUAGAUCCAGAUCUUUGCUAAUAAAUCCCUAAAUGGCCACGGUUUAGUCACCCUUGCAGUUUCGCUGUUUUCCCCCUAACAUAUGACACAUGCUGCUGAAAGUAAAACCAGUCUCUUCCUGUGCAUCAUAUCUUUGUUCCAGGCAGAAUAUAAGACAAGAUAAAAGGUGUGCAUGAUAGAAUGGAUUAACACCUCAGACAAAGUAAACCAGCUUUUUUUGUUUAUUUUAAACUCUCCAAACCAAAACUCAAUCAGAACAAACAGCAACCAGACAGGUUUGUCUCACAUGAUCUGACUGUGUUUUCAGCUUCAGUGCAUAUCCGAGCUGGACAUCCUGUUGACACAACUACAGGCUAGGUUAAUACCUCUGUGAACUUAAACAUGUAGAUUAAACACCUACAUCUUUGUGGCUCAACAUGUUCUUGAGUGAUCACUUUGUGUUUCAUCUGUAUGAAAAGGUGAUUUUUCCAACACUGCUGUUUAUUUAUAGUUGUACAACUGUCAGAAGUUUUAUAAUGGAGGCUCUUAAAAAGCAGCUGUAAUAUGUACUUUUGAAACAUUUUCAUUAUUUAAAUGGUCCUGUUAUGCCUGUCUCUCAGGUGGAUCCAUGCAGCUGUGAAUGAUUAGUUCAGUUAAUGCUCCUGCUGUGAUGAAAUACAAAGUCAUUAUUCAAGGAAGACUGUAAAAAAAGUCACUGAGUAGGAACCUUACCAUUGGAGCCAAGUCUUAUGAUAAUGAAUUUAACAAAACUGUUGUUGCAGGAUAAAUACUUUAUCUCUUUGUUAUCCUUUGACUUCUUUGACCUCCAUUUUUAACUGAUUUAUUUGAAGCAUUCACGCAUGCCGUGUCUCUGGCAAAUAAACUAUGUCUGAUUUAGUUCUUCUGUCUGUUCAAGUAGACAUUCCCUCCAUUCCUGGAGUGCUGAGGAGAAAGGAUCAACUAGUGAGCUCAUUGGACUGGGGGCUUCAGCGCGCACAUUCCCGGCCAAACAAGAAGGUAAAACACACAAACUUCCCUGCGACUCUUUCUGUUUUGUGUUUGAACAAAAUACACGGUUUGUUUCCAGUGUAAGCACAUCACUGAUUUCAACCCAGUGGUUUUUGUGAUCCAACCUGUUUUGCUUAUUCGCUGCAAACCACAAAAAUAUUAUUUAUAUUUUUUACAUGUUUUGUCAUGAAAUUGUCAAAGAUUUUUCCUUUUAAUUUUAUGUGAUCUCUGUGAGGCGGCAGCACCAAUCACUGCCCUCUUUCAAUAGUUGAAAUAUUUUUUAAUCUCCAAUGACUUCUUGUUUCUCCUACAACCUCAGACACAGUUCUCACCUCUGGUCCUCAUGGACCCCCAGAACCUCUGCACUCGGCCAUCGCUUUGCAGCCACCCAACCAGAGCGACACCCCCCACAGACCUGAUACAGACCCAGCCUCACCCAACCAACCCCUCACAGCCGCCGCUAUCGAUGGAGAGCAAGAAAGAGAGGAAGCAGCUCCCGUCUCCACAGAGGUGAAGUUAAGAUGAAGCACACCGGAGUUACCAGCGUUUUAGUUACCAAGUCCGAAAAAAGCUAAAUUGGAGGCAGAAACAAGAUGGCUACGUCUACGAAAAUUUUAGGGCUUGCGUUGUCCGAAUAUAAGGCAAGCGCUAAAAUAACUUUCGUAGAUGAAGCCAUCUUGUUUUGGGCCUCAGAUUUUGCUUUUUUCCGACUUGGUAACUGAAACGCUGGUAACUCGGGUGUGACGUCAGUGAGGCUUUGCGUUUCUCUCAACAGAGCCAGCAUAGAAUAUAGGACACUUACAGCACAGACUAAGCAGUUGAGAAGCAUUUCACACUUCUUGCACCAACAACUUCUAUGUUUUUUUGUCAAAAUUAAAGCUUCUAAGGUUGGUGAUAGUAUUUCAAAAUAUCAAAUCUGCGAGGAUCAGACAUUGUGCAAAGAAAUGAUUGGAUUGGCAGCCAAAAUAACCUGCAGACUUUUCAGUAUCAAAUUGGCCUUUAGACUGAGUUGCAUCCAUGGAUCCAUCAUCAGCACCAGUCUUAGUUUGUCUUCAUAGUCUUGUGUCGGCUCUCUUGUAUUUCAACUUUUUGCUUUGAUCAUAGAAAUUUGAUUUGUUUGAGUUGGAGAUUAUAAAUUCUUCUUUUUUUUACACAGACAUCUGCAGCUGAGACUCUUACAACAAAUGGACAGCAGUCACCUCCUCUCUCCGAGCCUCCUGGUAAGUUAUGAAGAUUCACAGGAUGAAAUGUGCAGUGAUUUUUAAUUUGAUUUAUUUUUACCUGUCCAAGACAUACAGUCUAAAAUCUAUAAAUGACUUUGCUCAGAUUUGAGUGUAUUUAAAUCCUGAUAUCAUGUUUUGCUCAAUACCCAGCUGCGAGCAUCAACCCUCAGUCCUCUCAGCACGGAGCUGAGGCAGAAACAGAAGUGGAGGCACUAGAGGUAGGCCAACAACAAACCUAUACUUUAUUUUUUUUUUUAAUUAUUAUUAUUAUUUUUAUUUUUUUUAUUUCGAACAUUAUUUAAUCAAAUAAGAAAAUAAAAUACAAAUCAGGAAGAAAAGAAAACCAACAACAAUGUCCGAAAAGGAGUAGGAUGAAGUUUAAAACUUAUCGAGCUCCUACCCCCCUUUUGCCAACACAAAUUUCUUUACUGCAUAUACAAUAGUUUAAAUGACUGCAGUAGUAUCAGGGAUAAAAUUAUUCAGACCAACCCAUUUAAACCUUUUUUACAGUCACCUUUACCCUGUGCAGGCAUGUUUGGGUUUUCCAAUUUGAAUUUAUCUCUAGUGGAAAAAAAAUGAAUCCAGAAAAGACUGACUGUUAAUUACAAAAGCUUGAAAACACAUUUUGAUGCAUCAAUCUUUAUACAGACUUUCUAAAGUAAUUUAUUUAAACAAUAAAUGAGUAAUCUGAGGGGGAUUAAUUAUGUUCUCGUGCAAAAAUUAAAAUUGUCCCAGCUAAUGAAUCUGUUUUAGCUGCUAUGCAAUCCUUUCCCGAGUAUUAACUUAAUGUUUAAGAAAACUAAAACGGCUAAAAAAAAAUCAAUGUGGGUCGUUUUAUAACUUUUUUUAAAAUUUCCUGUUUUCUCACAUUUCCUGGGACUCAUUCUUGUCUAAUCCCAGCCAACCAACGGGGGUCCUAGGAGGGUUUUAUUCCGCACCCAGCCGGACGUGCUCUUCCUCACCCUGCAGGAUGAGAUGGCAGCCGCAACACCCUCUCCUCCCGACACAGAGGAGGAGGAGGAUGAUGAGGAAGAUCUGAGUUAUACACCAGCACAACUGGACAGACGGACAGGUCACAGAGAAAGGGCGGGGCACAGGUAGGAGAGCUCUGGAGGACAGGAUGGAGUGAUGAUACGAGGGAUUAUGGGUUAAAAAAUCCUAAAAAAGGCCAACGUGGUAAUAAUUUACUGUCUGUCUGAACAGUGUCAGAGUAGAAGAAGAAGAUUUUGAAGAUCCUCUUUCCUAUCGAAGACAGAGGAACAAGAAAGCAGAAGAAGAACUGCAUCACAUUUCUGAGAAACUUUCCCAUCGACUUGAAGAGCUGGAUCAGGUGAGAAGGCUUUGCAUCGAAUCUCUGUUUGUGAAAUGUUCAGAAGUGGUUUGAGUGCCUGUCGUUCUCGGGUUGAACGCAGUUUGCUUCAUUUCUUCAAGAUAAACCAUUUGCUAUCAGUUGCCCUGGAUUUAGAUUUGUAUAAGAUACAAGCUGAGUCUCACUUGAGAAACUGGCUCCAUGUACCUCUCUGUCCGGUGAGCUGGAGCUUGUAUAUACUCAAGAAAAUCCAGAAGUAUCUGAACACAGUCCUUUCCCCCAUACAAGUAUGACAGCCUUGAUCCUGAUGAGUUUUUCUGCAGUUCCUCCUCUUACUUCUGCUCUCCACUCUAGGAGAAGUAUAAGGGUUCAUGUAAAAACAAAUAAUGCACCCUGUCCAGAGUCUGAAUGUGCCAAAAAGGAUUUUAAUCUUCAUUUCAAGGUCUUAAAGGAAAAACUUUUUAUUCCUAGCCCCAUUACUCUUUGCUGUGAAGCUGAACAAUCCAGUCUUCAUGUCUUGCUUCAGCCUGUGUUGCAGUUUGUGAGCAGUUUAAGAAAGUUCUGCAAAUCAUAGCCCUGAUCAAUGGGCAGAGAUCCCUCUGUAUGACUGUGAAUUAUCCUGUUGAUGCUUACAAGUGAUGUCUACCUCCUACAGAUGCUUAAACGUGUUCUGAGUGAAAGCGGAGAGUCCAGUGAAGUCAAAGAUGGAGACAAGCAGUCUCACCACAGUGACAGCCCCACGGAGUGUGGCAGAGAGCACACAGGUACACACAAGCAAGAACCUUUGGAUGCUCUUAUAAUCAAAGUUUAGCCUUUAGAAAUGCUGUUUUAUCCGUUUUAAUGCUCUACAUCUAUGAUUUUUAAUAGAAAGGCUUCAAGAUUAGAUAUUACAGACAGUAUUUCAACUUUAACGCUGUGAACGUCAUACACCGUCAUACACCACAGAAACCCGAAUUAAUGCUCUGCUUUACUUUCAGGAACUCCUGUGCCUGAAUCGGCCCACCAGACUCACUCUUUAUCCCCUUCCCCUCCACGGGUCUGUCACCCACUGCAGGGUCAGUUAGGAGACGCUAUGGCAGAGGCUUUGAGUCUGGGUGACGGGAGACAAACCAACCUCACAGCGCCUGAUCGUACAAGGCGAAAAGAGCCACACCACAGAAUGUCGCACAGAAAACAUGGCAAGGUACAGGAAGUCGUUGUUUUCUCUCAUUAAAAUAACUAAAUAUUAAAGAGAUAAAAGUGUUGAAAUGCUUAAAAUUUCACCUACUCGAGAGCAUUUUUUCUGAUAACUUAAGAAUGGGUGCUGGAAAACCAGAAACGAAAGUGGUAGGUUAAGAUUCCAGAUGUCUCAAGGAAGAGUUUGUUUUCUCAAGGGAUGAAAAACCGAACAAACUGGUUGCAAUAGUUUAUUUUUCAUUGGCUAACAUUGUUAAACCACUCUGGUACUACAGACUUUCUAGAAAUAUCAAGAUUACAUCAAAUUUAUUUGCCUUUUCUUCUUGUUUCUAUUCAAUUUUCCAUGUAAAACAUAAACGGGACUUUCUUUCAGUCUCUGCAGAAUAAAGAUUAUGAGAAGGAGCUGAAAAGAUAUGAAGACAAAGAGCGAGCAGAGCUAGACAAGGCACGCUACAGAGCUCAAGAAGCUGUAAGUCAGAUUCAUUAUUUUACUAGUGAAGUGACGAAGUGCUAAGCAGAUGAAAAAAAUCAAAUAACAUGCAAAUUAAUGUGUAUUAGGGCUGUAAUCAACCAAAGAAAUAAUUGGUCGACUAAAACGCUGAAAUUUUCGACCAAAAAUCGACUAAUCAGGGAUUCCAACUCCGACAGCAUACCCUUCUACGGGGGGGGGAGCUCGGCAGGGUGAAAAUAUACUGAUAACAGCACAAGGAGACAAGUUGAAACGCUUGUAGUUUGUAGAAUGGUAGGGGAAGGUCCCGCCCUCCUUUGCCUCUGAUUGGCUCCGAUUGGUUAUUCCUUAUGGCUGUGAAACGUCAUUGUCUGUCGGGUUAGGGUUGGGAGAUUCAGAAGUGUGAUAAUGUUCUGUUCGAUGUACAGAGCUGACAGCCCGCGUUUGGCUUUAGCAUGUGAUGACGUUUCCAUCUUUUUUAGCCAAUCAGAGGUGAAGGAGGCAGGACUUUCCCCUUCCAUCCUACGGAAAAAAAUCACUCACCGGACGUUGAUUAACGUGAACGCUCUUCAAUCUUCCGAUCCCCAGUGGGUUGGGUGAAUGCUAAUGGUGAAAACAAGGGGGGUGUUCUGAGACAGGCUGUUUCCUAUGAAACGGGAUGCUCUGAAAACACCCCCAUGAGCACUUGGUACGUUCCUCCUCAUGAAAUUAACCAUAGACUGUAAAUUGACGCGGUAAAAAUGUAGUCGACCAAUCAGAAUUCUGGUCUACUCAGCAGGUAUCGACCAAUAAGUCGACCAGUGGACUAGGACUUUACAGCCCUAAUGUGUAUAACAGCGACAAAAAACAACUACUAAUUAAACAAGGUAAACAAUCAAAACAAAUGACAAAUAAAUAAGUUGAAAGAGCUGGAUUAGACAAAGCCAGAUGGGAGAAGUUUCAUGAGGAGAUUAAUUAAAGGACUCUGAAUUUGACUCCCUAACAUCUUCAGACAGUUGUGGAGGUUUGGUCAACUGUUUGGUCAGUCAAGAUCUAAGGACCACAAGGAGGGCCCUGCUAGAAGUCCACAGGAUCCAACUUCUGUCUUUAUUCGCUGGUUCUGAUUUGCUAGAGGAAGGUUGACAUCAACAUAAUUUAAAAAAAUGGUCUAAACUUCAAACUAAUAUCAGCUCCUACUCUGUGUUUGUGUUUGUGUUUGUGUUUGUGUGUAGGAACGACAGUACAGAGAAGCAAUACUAAAUGAUGUCUCCCAAGCCUCACGACCGUCCCCAGUGAGAAUGAAGACCCAGCACAGGUCUCAACAAAACACACUAAUCUCACCGGGAAGGAGACGGCAUGAGGCCCACAGGAAAGCACCACCAAGUAAGAUUUCCACAGUUACAUUAUUUACCUCUGGUUCGUGUUCGUAUUUGGACAUGUCUGCAUAUAAGUAGUGCUGCUCUAUUAGGUCUCAAACGAGGCUGUGUUCCCAGUUUGAGAUGAAGUUAUAAACUAGUUUGUCUUGAUUUGAGGCUGAAGCUACUCAGCAGUAAUCUCCUCAGAAUAUCUUGAAACCAGCAGCACUGAUAGGUGAUCUACAGGUGGUCAUGGGAAUCUGAAGAUUCAGCAGUUCCUGUCUUGUUCAGCGGUAACAAAUGAGCCUUUGUUUUUACAGACACUUUCCUCUUUGGCUCAUGUUUCCUCUUAGCUGGUGUGUUUCCUCUAUGAACGUUGAUGUUUGUGGCUCCAGGCUGGCUGGCCCACUUGUGCUGAAGUAGUAUAUCUGGUGGAUCAUGAAGGAUGGACCACUUAUGCAUUUUUUUUUUGCACAUGGAGCAGGUUGUCAUCAGGAGGGUAUCCUCAUCAACAAUGUGCUGCAGAGGCAGUAAAAGAAAGAAUUACAUUAUGGUAAUGCCUCCUAGGCUGUAUGGGGCACCACAAUAGGAAGCUGCAUCCACACAGGUUAAUUAUGGAAGCAUUUCUGAGGAUGGUUAGGGGGAUUAAAGCAGAUUGAGAGAGGGGAACCACUAGUGAAAUUAGUAGGGGUGGGAGAAAAAAUUGAUACAGCCUUGUAUCGUGAUAUUUUGUCUGGUGAUGUAUCGUAUCAUCUCAUUGGCCAAGUAUCGAUUUUUUUAAUUAAUUGCUAAUAUGAAGUUAAAAUCCGUGAUAAUGGGAAAAUAAAAUCAACUGUUUGUCCAGUGAGGUUGGCAGAGGUGACAUCAUACUGGCUAAACCCACAGAAUCCGAUCCGCCGCCGCCAUCGAUAUUACCGAUAUUUCUCGCAAGACUGGAUGAGAUCUCACGAGCUCUUUUAUGUUUCCCCGGGAAUCAUAGAAUGAGAUCUGCUGAUCGGUGUAUAUAAACACCCACAUCCCACAACCCUGGCCUCUCCUAUUAUCAAGUUACUAACAGCUCAAUGUAUUGACUUUAUUUUAUUUUGAAAAUCAACCGGAUAUUUUACUCUGUAACCGUGUACAACUUCCACUGCGGCUCGUGCUGCGCUGCACUGAAUUGAUGCGCCGUGCUCCGGAAUCCGGCAAAAAUAGAAGUACAAAAAUGCAAAAGCAUCAGGUUGUUUGCUCCUGUUUAUCGCUGUCAUUUUGACUGGUUGGCCCAGUCAUUGAAGCGUGCAGUUUACAGGCUUUGGCUACAACAUUUUCAUAUGUUUAUAGAUAAAAACACUGUGAUAAACCAUAAAAAAUGACUGUUUUCUGAUAUGUAGUAUUACUCUGAUUCAUACAAAAGAGAAAGUAAUGUCAGGGUUCACGUCUCCUCUGUCUCCAGUGACGGUGAGAGAGAAUGAGCUCCUCCCUGUUCUCCUGGAGGAGUUACCCCACCUUCACAUCACCCCACAUGCUCUGGGUCGGAUGUGGGAGCAGCAGAUGCAGCAGGUGGACAGACUUCACUCCCUGUCGUCAUCUCGUGAUCGGCGUAGCAACAAACUCUCCAGCCAGGUCAGUCGGAUGUCGGUGCCUUUUUUUCAUCGCUGAGUGUGAGAUUUGGUUCAUGGGCUGAUGGUCUAAAUCUUGUCUGCUAGGUGGAGGAGGCUCAGAGGAAACAUGACCUGCUGGUGGAACUAGUCCGAAAGGACCAGGAGCACAACAAGCGUCUGGUGAGCUGAACCUCAUUGACACAAACAUCUACAUUUAGACUUCUUUAACCAACCUGCUGCCAAACACGGUGGUUGUUUUUUUACUGUUUAGUUUUCAGCCUAAAUGUUGAUUUUCAGAGAGACUUCAAAGAGCGUAUCCAACAGCAGAAGUCCACCCAGAAUAGAUUGAGGGAACAGAGGCAGCAGAUCGCACGGGCCAAGAAGUACCACAACGACUAUCACGUUCAGCAUCGGGCCCGCUUGAUGAGGGCUCGCACCAAGGAGGAGAAGGUGAGCGGUGAUCAUUUUGUGUUCUUGUUUAAAGCUGAGCUACUCGUUAAAGGUGGGGUAGUCAGGAUCUGAGGAAGGGACAGUUUUUGGGAGAAAUCUUGAACGUAACUCUACCCCGUUAAGCGCCCGUUAUUCCACCAGAGUCUCCAGUAUUUACUUUGUUUUCUUGCUUGUGUCGGCAGUCGUGGUCAAAGGAGGAUUCAGACAAUUUUCCGUACUUUCUGGUUGGUUUCUACUGUUCGAUGUCGUAGCACGCUAACUUUGUUUGGGUUCGUGAAUGUUAUUCCGGAAGUGGAGCGUGCCUCUCAACACGAGGGAGCAGCGUCUGGCUUACAACCAAUCAGGCCGAGGAGGUGGAGAACGGCUUUGUUUACAGUCAGAAAGAGCGGACAGCUCAAAAAUGUUAAAAUGUUGACUACACAGACAUAAGAGACCAGAGCGUUAUCAUGAUAUUCCCAAAUGUCGUCAAUGACUAAUAACUUUUGACUGCAAUUAAAAGAUAUUUCGUAUUUACACCACAAAAAAGAUGCUUCUUUAACAGAAUCCUGCCUAUCUCACCUUUAAGUCUUCCAAGUGACAUGAUGACUGAAGUGUGUGUGUGUUUGCGUAUUUGUGUGUAGAUGUUUCGUCAGCUGUUUGAGGAGGGUUUGGAGUUACAGAAAGUCCGGUUGAGAGAGCAGAGAGCCUACGCCAGGGAGCAGAGGCUAGAACAUCAGCGGCGACACCAGGACCACAUCAAAUCCCUGGAGAACUACUAUAAAGACCAGGUUGGACCUCCAGAGAGCGUUACAUGACCUACCGAGUCAAACACACUUUUUUAUUGUCGCUUAAAUGGACAUCACAAUCAUUAACUCCAAGAAGUGUUUUCUCUCUCUUAGUUUUCACUAUUAGCGGAAAAACUUGCACAAGAGCGACAGGACAUCCAGGUUCGGAAAAAAGCUCAAGAAAAGGUAAACGUUUUUCAUUUAAGAUUUUUACGUUAUAAAUCAAAAUUGUCAAACUGUGUUCUUUAGCCAUGUUUCUUUCAACACAUGUACUGUUGAUGAAGUUAGGUGCUGUUCUGAGCAUUAUUUGUGGCUAUAGAGUGGCGUUUUGGUUGAGGUUUGUUUAUGGCUCCUCAGACCGCUGUGUAUUGCUAUCUUGCGAUCGUUACUAAAGUUAGUAUAACUAGAGAAGCAAGCAGUCGGCAACAUUCAUCUCUCCAGGGGGCGACUAACCCUGUGUUACGGUGCGUUUGACUCUAAAUUAAUUUUGCACCGGAAUAUCCCUUUAAAUCUACUUUCACACCAUUGAGGUCAUCAAAGUCGUUCAUCCUGCUCCUCUUUUUUCUGCAGGCUCUACUGAAAAUGAAGCGAGAGCUGCGAUCCAGGAUGGAACGUGAGAUUGGUGAACUUCAGAAGAUCAUCAUCCAGAACGACGAGGAGGAUUAUCUCCAGGAUCUGGAGGUCCAGAGACUGCGCAAUCGGGUCCACAUGGCUUCCUUCCACUACAACACUAGUUAUCUGCACUGAGCAGGAAAGUGGGAUUGAGAGCUGUUUUAAGCUCGACUCACUCUGGCUGGUGUCACACUGCGUGCGACAGACUCAAAGCCAAGGGUACGACAUUGUAAAGUCAGAUUAGUUAGUAAUUUUUUUUCAGAUUUGCACAGAAAAAGGAAAUCAUCUUUGUAAUUCACUAAAAAUAUCCUUAUUGUAGCUGAAUGAGCUCAACACUCUGAUAAAAUGUAGCUAUUAGCUUAUUUAACUCCUCUUCUCACCUCAGCUGCUAUACCUUGACACCUUGGACCUAGUCCUCUUCUUCCACGAGUUUUACUACUUGAAAAAAAAAGUGUUUUGUAAAUGAUUCCUACCAGUUCUGUCUUUGUGAGUAGGUAUUGUAGCAGUAAGCGAGUAAAUUGUUCUUCCUUUUGCCAAACAGGGACCACAGAUGCAACCUUUAAGAGUAUGUCACACUGACUGAGAUUUUUACCUCCCUUUUUACUGUUAUGUGUGAUAAUGUCAUCCUAAAAUGUUUUAACCAUACCAUUGGAUUAUUUAUUUUUUAACUCAUAUCUCACUCAAUUCUGUUCUUAACUGGAUGUUGUGCUGUCUGAUCACUGUGAGUGAUGAUAUCAGUCCUACCUGAACUUUGUUUUUCUUAAGUCAUUUCUCCAGCUGGAUGAUUAGCGUCAAUACACAAAUGAGUGCAAAGGUAAAGUUGUGUACUUAAAUUGUGUGUUGCAUUUAAUGAGCACAUAAAUUCCCUCUUCUGUCGCAGUGUUCACUCACCUCCUCUGGCUAAAAGGAGUCACAGUUAGUGAUAUUUGCAUGGGGUGCAUUAAAGGAUGAACCGGACACACAACCAAAAAUGAAUAGAUCCACUCACAGGGCAGCUCUAUCUGUAACUUGUCAUGAAGAAUUAAGGCUUAAAUUAAAAUUUAAAGAGACAAUCAUCAAACAAAAUGUCAUUUUCAUUCAUGUUUUUUAAUCAAGAAAAUAUUAGUUUUAUAUUCACCAACUGAACACAAGUUUGAGGUUUGCCUUAAAUAAAAAGCCUACAAAAGUU